AUGCAUCAGAUUCAACCACAUAGUUUGGAAGAUGUAGAAGAUAGGAAAACGAAAAUUGGUGAGGGUGUAUUUGGAAAGUGCAAAAAGAAAAUCUACAGGGGACAAAUAGUGGCUGUCAAGUACUUUAAGUCGCAUUCAAGAUAUUCUGAUGUGGAACGUGAAGCAAAAAUGAUUAUGAGAUUUGACCAUCCAG